CCUAAAACAAAUCUAAAAGCAGAAAAAAAAACAAAGGAAACAAACAACAAUAUACAAAAAUGGAGGCUGAGAAAACACCACCGACGACGACGACGACGACGACGACACCGGCGACAACGACGGAAAAGAAAACUGGGCCAGAUGUGAAAGACAACGACUUACCAACCAAUAGCCCUUACAUGGCUACGGGUACUUUGGAAGAUUACAAGAUGAAAGCUUAUGGAGCUGAAGGCCAUCAAGAGCCUACGCCUGGUCUAGGUGGUGGCUCCACCGAUGCUCCUACUCCUUCAGGCGACGUACCUGCCGACGCCACCACCACCGCUGCGAAAGCUCCCUGAAAAAAUAAAGACUGAUAAUAAUUAAUGGGUUUUAGUUGGAUCGUCGGAGAAAAUAACCCAAACUUGUCGAAUGUUCAAUAACUGAUCCAGCUUCGUUUUUUCUUAACGUUUUUAUGGGUUAAUUAAAAAUGUAUUUGCGUGUAACGAUGAAUGCUAAAAUAAUUAUCUGAGUUUCAUAAGAGAAAACAUUAUCAUAUGUUUUGUAAGAAAUGAAGUUGUAAUGAUUUAGUGAUUAAUGUUAUCUUUAUUCCUAUUCGAGAGGAGAGGACCAAUGUUAUUCAA